AAUAAACGAUCUCUAAACUUAGAGGUUGAUUUCUAAAGAAUCUUGUAAUUGGGUUAGUCCUGCCCAUUUUGUAAUUUUAAAAGAUAUUGUAUGGAAUAACAAAAUUUAAGAUGAACAAAACGUGUGCGCGGUGUGAAAAAACUGUUUAUCCUAUCGAGGAAUUGAAAUGCCUUGAUAAAGUAUGGCACAAGCAGUGCUUCAAAUGUCAAGUGUGCAACAUGACGUUAAAUAUGCGCAACUACAAAGGCUUCAACAAACAACCAUACUGUGAGGCUCAUAUUCCAAAAGCAAAGGCAACUACAGUAGCUGAAACUCCGGAAUUGAAAAGGAUUGCUGAAAAUACAAAACUUCAGUCUAAUGUUAAGUAUCAUGCAGAAUUUGAGAAAGCUAAAGGCAAAGUUACACAAGUAGCUGAUGAUCCUGAGACACUACGUAUCAAACAGAAUUCAAAAAUAAUCAGCAAUGUUGCUUAUCAUGGAGACUUACAGAAAAAGGCCGCUAUGGAACAGAAACGAACUUUAGGAAGUGAAAAUGGAGAUGCUGGAGGAGAUGUGUUUGUAGCAAAGCAACCCACUGCAGAAGUGCUGCAACCUCCUCAAUACAAUAUGCCUCCAAACCCCGGCAAGAUAGCAGACUAUGAUCCUCUUCAAGGUAGAGGAGGUGGGCCCAACACUCCUUACUCUGCUCGACAGUCCUCUACUGUUAUAUAUACCUCUGAUAGGGGCCCAGUGAACACCCCUCAAGAGCGAAAAAUUGGAUCUAUUGCUGACUUGGACCCUGUAAAUGACUUUUAUGGAUCAUUGAGCACUGACUACAAUUCUCACCCACCUGCCCCUAAAACCACUGGAAGAGUGUAUCGAGCAAUGUACGACUACGAGGCUCAAGAUCGUGAUGAAGUGUCAUUCAGUGAUGGAGACUUGAUAGUCAACUGUACCCCUAUUGAUGAAGGCUGGAUGACUGGUGUAGUUCAACGCACUGGUCAGACCGGCAUGCUCCCUGCCAACUACGUAGAACCCGCUAUAUAAUCCUUGCACAGCACAUGUCACUCAUUUCAUUUUAUUCGAGUUGUGUUUAAAAUGCAUUUUAAUUUACUUAAUGCUUUUCACGGUUUGUGGACUAUUCUUAAAUCAUAACGAUCUGGUGUAUAUUACCACAUAGAUUUGGUUUGACCAAUUUUUAAGUCAAUAUUAUAGAUAUUUUUGGUUAUUGUUAGAAACGAGUGAUAAUUUAUUCUACCAUUUUGGAUUUUAUAUUCAUUCCUCUUAAUUAAUCUGUAUCCUCAAAAUGGUUAAACUUCAUGGCAGCCUUGAAUAUUUUAAUAAGUAAGCUUUAGUGCAGCUACCACCAAGUAUAAAACUAUUUACACAAAUAAUAUUUUUAAAUAUUAUAUAUGUGUUAGGUGCAUUCCAUAACACAUUCCACUUAAACUUUUACCUAUUAGUUUUUCCAUUCCUUGAAUGUUAUAAUGAUUAAUAAUGUCUCUUAAAAUAUAAAUUAAUAAUUAAAUGUAAAAUAAACAGUUUUCAUAAAAUAUAAUUUAUUUACUAUUUAUUUGGGUCAGAUGAAUAUGUAUUUUUAAGUGUAUUGCACUCAUUAAAAUUUUAUACAAAGAAGUAUUAUUUUUAUUUUUAAUAAAUAUUUUAGAAAUUUGUAUUUUUUGCUUCUUUAUUUCGUAUAUUUUACUUUGUUUCAAAAUUAUCAGCUUAAUUCAAAAUUGUCAUUCUUACUUAUUUUAUUGUUACAUUUUUGGACUAUACCUAAUUAAAAACAUCCAAGUAGUAUAAUGGAACUGGAUAAAUACACUGUUUUAUAGUUUAAUUAUUAAAUUAGAUAACGAUGGUUUUUUAAAGUAUUUUUUCUCUUUCGAUUUAAAUUUUUCCCCCAGUUUUGUUUGGGUACCUCACAAUCUAUUUUCAAACACAUUUCCUGUAAAACUCCAAUCACAUUGUUAACACAGGAUUAUUGAAAAAUGUCUUAUAUCCUGGUACUUAAAUUUGUUUAUAGAUAAUUGUAUUGCUCAUAUUAGAACUAAAAAAAUAGAUGUUAAACAUUUUAUUCUUUACUAAGCUACACUUAGUAAUUUAUAAAAACAUUGGUUACUAAUUUAUAAUAACAAAAGGUACUCAACUUAAAUGUUAGUCUCUUCUUGAACUAAAUUCCAUUAUUAAUCCCUUUCUAAACAUAACUUGUAACUAUGGUGGGAAGCGUUAAUUCAAUGUGAAUGGUGAGUUUAGCUCCAGUUCAUCUUCCUCUUAGUGCAGUGUCUGGAAUCCAACACUGUCACAUAUUUUCAGACACUGCACUAAGAGGAAGAUGAACUGGAGCUAAACUCACCAUUCUCAUUAAUCCCUUUGUUUAUAUGUAUUAAUGAUUCACAAAAGUAAAUUAAACUUGGCCAUUAAUAAUUAUUAAAAUGAGAAAAUUGAUUAUUCCAAAGUCUGUAAUAUCCAUUGUAUAAGAUGGUAUUAGUAAUGCUAAUGUCCUAGUGUGUUAAUAACUUCAUAUUGUGAAAACCAACUAUUACUUAAAUUUGAACUAUUACAUAGGAUAUAAAUAUAGUCUUUUUAGCCAAUAGCAAUUCAUUAAACAAAGCAAUAAAAUUAUAUUGAGUUUUUAUCCUCCAAGUAAGGUUACUAAUAUACAUUUCCACAAAAUUUUAAUUUUUAACUGUUGUAUAUAUGGUCUUAAACUAAACUCCUUUUAUAUUACAGUGUAAGUUGCAUUGUUUCACAUAUAUGAUAUACUACAUUUUGAGAACAAUAAACUUUUUGACCCAUUGAAGAAUUUAUGUUUAAUUGUGUAUUUAUAUCUUCUUCCUAUUGUAAGUAAAGAAAUGUGUUUGAUUUUAUGUUUACUGAGUCAGUGCAAUGUUUUUAGACAUAAUUUAGUCUUAAAAGGGUAAUAAGUUUCACUAAAAAAACUGAACGAAAUCCUUGAAAUUAAAUUUAUUAAUCAAAUAGGUACAAGUAUAAUUAAUAAUGAAAAUUUUAAAAUAGUUUUUGCUUGGUUUUGUUUGUACUACUACUUUAUUGUUUUUGUUAUGUUGAUUUUCAUGUUGAUUUAGAUUGUUUUAGAAUUCAAUCAAACUAUUUUAUUUGUUCAUGGCUAGGAGUUUAUGCUAAAUCAAUAUUUUAUUAUAAUGGAGGCUUUUUGAUUGAGGUUUGUUGUGUUGUUCUUACGAUCUGUGCCACUGAAUUACUCUUGAAUUUGUCAUCACAAAAGUUUUAUCAUAAAAUGUUUAUACAUCACUAGUGUAACAUGUUUUUUUUUAAUUAUUACUUUGUGCAUCACAGAUCAGUUAUUCCAAUUAUUGAAUUUUCAAGCUGCACCCAAAUAGACACUCAAACUGCCCUGAAUCAAAAGACAAUUCACCUUUUAUUAUAUUCUUCUUGUACUAACAUUCCAUGACAUUAAAGUUUUUCUGUUAUUUUGUAAAACUUUCUUGUACCUUUUUUCUAUCACAUAAGAGAAAGACCAAGGAGGUUGUGCCUUGUAAAAAGGACAAUAACUAUUUUGAAGAAGUGUAGCUUUGAAGUAUAUAUUUCUAACUUUUUAAAUUUACCUUAAGUUUAGUUUGAUACAAUAAUAGUACAACUUAUCAAAUUAAAAGUAUAUUUUUAAUGGAGUAAAUGCCUAGCCGUGAAUUGUUUGUUAGACUUUAGGAUAUAAAACAUGUGAAUAGAUUUUAUGAUGAUUCUUUUGUUAAAUUUCAAAUAGUAUUGCUCAAAAAACUAUGCAAGAUUUUGUACUUGUUCCACUAUUUUUAUACCUUUUAAUGAAGAUUAUACAAAAAAACCACUGUUUUUGUCAGAUUAUCACCAAUUUUGUAUUUUAAAUUGCUGUUUUCAUUGGCUUCAUCUUAUUGUAUUAAGUUUUGUAAUAUUUCUAAAGUACAAAAAGUACAAAUAUUUAGUUCCAUCAAGUGUUAUUACUAUUUGAAGUAAUACUUUUACAGUGGAAAUAUUGAUCUAUAAAUUAAUAAGUUUCUGAUACAUGGUAAUGAGUUUGUCUAGAGUAGUUCUGUUUCUCUUUAUCAGUUGUUGAAAUUGUAGCAACGUAAUCUGUGAAAUGAGUUUUAUAUACAGAACUUGAACACUAUUGUUAUGUACAGUUACUAUAUAUAAAUGACUAAUUAUGUACUUGUUACCAGUGUGUGCCUUAAAGAUAGAUGAUUCUAUUGUGACUAGUAAACAAUCUGUAGCUUGGUUGGGAACUGUUGCUUUCUACACAAGGUUCUGGUUUUUAACAAAUAAUACUAUAUUAUGUGGCUUACUACACCUUGUUGACACUUUCCGAACUACAAAUAGAAUUCUUCCUGAAAAGUGAAAACCUUAAAGGUCUGAUGUCCAUUGCCUUAUCCAAGAUGGCCUAUUUUUAUAUCGGACUUCAAAAUGUAAAAAAAUGUGAUAUAUGUAUUUUCCUGACUAAUGUUAUGUAGAUAGUAGAUUUAAUGGGAUUAUCUAUUAUUUAAAUAAGAUACUUGUUGUUUUAUUACCUUUAAUUCAAAAAGGUUUUUAACAAUAUGCCUUUUAAACCAGCAUUCAGUCAGACACCCACUUUUGUUUAAUAUCUAUUUUAAGUAUUCUAUACUAAAAUACAUUCAAUAUUCUAAAGUAUAUUUAGUUUAGCCUCAGACCAUACUCUGAAACACUUGACAUUCCUUUUAUCAUGUUGGAUGAUCACAUUCUUCUUUAUCUCCAUUAAGUCUAGGUUAUUAAUUUUUUGUCUUGAGGGUUUUUGUCAGGGCUAGGAGAAUAGUAGGUUUUUUCCAGUUCGAGUAUUGAUCUUGGAUAGGAAUCAAGUUCCUGAUUACGUUUCAGGCCUACAUUUUCUAAUUUUUGAAAUGCAGACAACUUUGGAACUGAGUAAAAAUUUAAACUAUCACGAUUAGGUGAGUUGCAAAGUGCUUAUUGCUAUAUUGAAUGGUAAAUUUCGUAUAACAACAAUAAAUAUUUAUAUGAAUAACAUCAUGUAAAUUAUAUGCUGUAUUAAAAGGAACCAUUUGGUUAGGAGUACUUUUGUUGUUGUCAACUUAAAGACACUCUUGGCCAACUCAAGGGUGCUUUGAAUACAUCUGUUAGUGCAAUCCAUGUCUUCAUGGAUGAUUAUUUUAGGUUGAUGGACUUUUAAGAGUCAACUUUCUAGUACUAUAAUACUAAAAUUUAAAUAUAACUGUUAGUAUCCAUUAAAACAGUGCAUCGUUUAAGAACGGACUAUCUCAAUCCUUUAUACAAACAAUACAAAUUCCAACAAAAGGAGCAGGAUUUAGUUUUUAUUCAGUUCUAAAGUAUGAUUCAUCUAAAACUAAAUGGUCCAAACAAACCUUUCUGUAUAGAAAAUGUGAUUGUAUGGACAAAUCCCAACAUACAUUGUAGAUCAAAUGUCAGCCUGAAACUAAUUUAUUAUCAAGUACGUACAGAGUCAUAUUCCUGUGCAACAGAAUUAACCUCACGAUGUUCAUUUAGCUCACACUAGCCUUUGUUAGCAUUUGUUACACUUUACUUUCUAUAUUUAAGUUGUCAAUCAUUUAAUUUAAUUGCGUUGAAUACUGUAGAUAUGUCUUCCACUUAAAUAGCUUUUUGUAGGAUGAAAAGCUUUAAAUCUGUUGUAUUUAAUAAACAUUUUAUAAUUUCA